AUGAAUUUUUGUGAUAACAAUGAAAUGAAUGAAACAAAAAAUUUUAUGAUGAGCAACAAAAACGACGAUAUACUUGUAGAUUGUGAUGAAUAUAUUGAUGGAAAUUCAUUUGAUAAAAAAACAAACAUGGAAAAUAUAUAUGAUGAAAAUGAUAAUGUGGAUAUGAAAAAUAAUCAUUUGUUGAUCGACUUAAAUGACAGUUUUUCAUUCACAUAUACAAAUGGAAACGUUGAAAAGGAAGAAAAAAAAAAUAUACUACAUGAUGAAAUACAUAUUGAUAAUGAUCAGAAUAAAUAUAAAUAUUGUUGUGAUUAUAAUUUACAUACAAAUGAAGAGGAACAUCUGGAGGAAGGGUUCCAAAAUAAUAAUUAUGAACAAUUAGAUAAUAAUUUUGAAAAACAAUAUUUUUAUUAUAAUUCUGAUAGUAAACAUUGUAUGGAUGAAAAAAAUGAAACAAAUGAUUUAGAAAAUGAAAACGUAGUAACUUCAAUGGAUGUAAGUUAUGAAAAUGUUCUUAAUGAUAAUUUUAUAAAGUCAAGAAGUACGUCUAUUAAUCUUACAGAUAAUUCAUUUGUCCUUAAUAAAGAAAAUUUGAAAAGUUCACAUCAUAUAAAUGAUGAUUAUAUAAAUGAUUAUGAUAAUAUGAAGAGUGAUAAAAAAAAUGAUUAUGAUAAUAUGAAGAGUGAUAAGAAAAAUGAUUAUGAUAAUAUGAAGAGUGAUGAUAUAAAUAAUGAUGAUAAUAUAAAUAGUGAUAACAUAAAUAAUGAUGAUAAUAUAAAGAGUGAUAAUAUAAAUAAUGAUGAUAAUAUAAAGAGUGAUGAUAUAAAUAAUGAUGAUAAUAUAAAUAGUGAUAACAUAAAUAAUGAUGAUAAUAUAAAGAGUGAUAACAUAAAUAAUGAUGAUAAUAUAAAUAGUGAUAACAUAAAUAAUGAUGAUAAUAUAAAUAGUGAUAACAUAAAUUAUGAUCAUAUUAAAUAUAAUGAUGACAACAAAAGUAAUAGCAUUGUAAGUAAUAAAGAUAAUUCCGAAGAUAAUGAUCCUAAUACAUAUGAAAGAAACAAAAAAGAUAUUAUUAAUUCUAACUUUUAUGAAGAUAAUAAAAAUAAUAUGAAUAAUAUUAUAAAUAAUGAUAAAGAAAAUAUUCAUAUUGUGGACAUAGCAAAGAAUGAAGAAAAUAUUAAUAUUAAUAUUAAUAAUAAUAAUAUUAAUAAUAAUAAUAAUAAUAAUAAUAAUAAUAAUAAUAAUAAUAAUAAUGAUGAUGAUGCUAUAAAUAAAGUAAAUAAAUUGAAUUACAUAGACACAGAAAAUUAUAAAAUUAAUGAAGAAAACACCUUACCAUUAAACACAAAUGAAGAUAUAAUAAAAUUAUUAGAUGAAAUAAAUGAUUUAAAAAAUACGAUAGAAAAUAUGAAAAAGGAAAAAAUAAAUUUGCUUUCUAAAUUUAAGGCAUAUACUUUAAAUAAUAAAAAAGAAUUGGAAGAAUUAAAAAUAGAAUGUAAGAAUAAGGAGGAACAAAUUAAAAUGUAUGAGAAUAAACUACAAAAUAAAGAAGAGGAAAUUAUGAAUUAUGUAAAUGAACUACAAAAUAAAGAAGAUGAUAUUAUGAAUUAUUUGAAUAAACUACAAAAUAAACAGGAUCAAAUUGAAACAUAUCAAAUACAAUUAGAUAAUAAAGAACAGCAAAUUGAAACAUAUCAGAUUCAAUUACAUAAUAAAGAAGAAGAAAUUAUGAAAUAUGUAAAUGAACUACAAAAUAAUGAUUUUCAAAAAGAAAAAAAAGAACUAAAAGAAAUAAAUGAAGUUUUAAAAAACACAAAUGAAAAGUUAGAAAAAGAAAUUAGAUCUCUUCUAGCAGAGAUGGAAAAAAUAGAAGAAGAAAAUAAAGUCCUGAAAAUUUUUAAGGAAGAAAAAAAUAAAACAAAUAAUAAAAAUAUAAACGAUAAUAUUGAUAAUAAUAAUAAUAAUAAUGUUAAUUUUAAACAAAUGCUGCUAGAUAAUAAAAGCUUCAACAAAUUAAUUGUAGACGAAUUAAAUGUAGAAGAAGAAAACAUUUUAUUCUGCUUUUCAAUUGAUAAAGAAAAAAAAAAAUUUCUUGUGUGCAUAAAACAAAAUGAUGAUAAUUUUUUUGUCAUACCCAAUUGUAUAUUUGAUGAAAAAUUUCCAGGUUUAAAAAAAAAAACAGAAAACAUGAUCAUUCAAGAUAUACAUGAAAAAGAAAUUGUUAAAGUGAAAAAUGAACACAUGAAUGAGUUAUAUUUAUUAAAAAAAGAAAAAGAAGAUAUAUAUAAAGAUUAUGAAGAAUAUAAAAAAAAAGUGAACAGCUUAAUUAACGAGACCAAUUAUAAUUAUAAAAAUAUAGAAGAAAAAGAAAAUGAAAUAAAAGAAUUAAAUAACACAUUAAAUAAAUAUAAAGAGGAAAUUAAUAAUUAUAAACAAGAAAUAAUACAUAUUAAUGAAAAAUAUAAAUUAUUAGAAAUAGAAUUAUGUAAAGAAAAAAAUAUAAGAGAUCAACAAAAUGUUGGUAUAUCAGAUUUAAAAAAAAAAAUGAUUAAAGAAAAAAUAGAAUUAGAAAAAAAAUAUAAAGAACAAUAUGAUAAAGAAACACAACAAAAAAUUAAUGACAUCAAAAUUAUAUUUCAUAAUAAGGAAAAAAUUCUACAAGAUAAAAUAGAAGACUUAUUACAUAAAAUUGAAAAGUUAACAUUCUCAAAUGAUGAUAAAACUAAAACUAUAGAAAACUUACAAAUAUAUAUUGAAAAUGAUGAUAAUAUGGAUGAUCAUAUGAUAAAUGAAAAACAAAAAAACAUAAACGAUCACAUCAAUAAUGAUGAAAGGGUUUUAUUAAAUUAUGCUCCAGAUAAUCAUAUUAAUAGUGAUCUUAAUCACAUUAAUAGUAAUGUAGAUAAUGUUUAUUUGGAAAAAAAAAAUAAAAAUAAUCUUGACAUUUCAAAGAAGGAAACAAAUAAUCUUCUUCACACAAAUGAACAAGAAAAUGAUACCAACAACAUCAACUAUAAUAAUAAUAAUAAUAAUAUUAAUGUAGAAAAAUUUAAAUCCAUCAAUUGUAAUAAUACUUCUAUUCCCAUAUAUCCAAAUGAAUAUAAAAAAAUUAGAAAAAAAUUAGAAACAUAUGAAAUUUUAUUAAAUGAAGAACAAGAAGGAAAAAAAAAAAUGAUAGAAGAAAUUAAUUCGUUAAAAAACCAAGUGAAGAAUUAUGAAUCAAUAAAUGGAAAUUAUCAACAUAUUAUUUAUCAAAAAAAUAUCCUCUCAAAUUUCAUAGCACAAAUACCUGCACGUAUACAAGUAGAUGAUUAUGUCUCAGUUAUUUUUAAUUCCUUCAACUUUUCAAAUCAAGAAAUUGAAGCUAUAAAUAUAAAACGAUCAAAAAAAUGA